AUGCUGCGACGGAGCACAGGUGCAGUUUCUGAUCUAGUUCUUCGGGGAAAUGUCUGCUUCCUUCAUCAGAGUUCCGUAAACAGGUUCAAGGAGGGUCGUGGCACUGGGAAAAGCAGUUUAUUCUCUAACGAAAGAAGGUGGAAGGACGAUCUCACUUUUCACGCACUUGGUACGAUUGAUGAACUGAGCUCACAGAUAGGAAAGUGCAGAAAUUAUGUUCUUAAAGAAGGAUUAUUCGAUGUUUGUGAGGUUCUAACACGAGUGCAAAGUAGCUUACAAGACGUUGGAGCUCAUGUUGCAACCCCGCCAGAUGCUUCCAAGUCUAAAUUAAGUGAGCCGCCCGAAAGUUCAACGAGAACGAAGUUCGACGUUUCGGUGUACGAAUUUGUGAACAAACAUAUCGAUGUUUACGGUGAUCGAGUACCACCACUUCGAGAGUUUAUAUUGACGGGUGGCAACGAUGCUUCGUCAGAGUUACAGUGUGCACGAAGCAUAUGCCGACGGGCGGAACGUUGCAUGGUUCCACUUUUAAGAGAGGAUGUUAUCGAUAAGAAUGCACUUCGUUUUAUAAAUAGGUAUUAUACGCCGCUUUCGGAUCUGCUUUUUGUUCUUGGAAGGUUUACAUGUUACACGACCGGGACUAGAGAAAGUCGGUAUCAGAAAUUUCAUGAAUUUGAUCCUCUAAAAACCUAUUAUCAAUUUUGA